UGGGAAUGAGAUGGUUGAAGAAACAACAGAUAAGAAGAAGAAGAAGAAGAAGGAAAAGGUGCAGAAGGAGCCCAUGGUCGGUCCCGUCACUGUGUUCAGGUUUGCAGACAGGUGGGACGUUCUGAUGAUUGUUGUGGGGACCGUGAUGGCGAUGGUCAACGGCACCGUGCUUCCUCUCAUGUGCAUCGUCUUCGGCGAAAUGACGGACAGUCUGGUGAAUAGUUCUGUACCGAUCCUGGACGACCCCAAACAAGUGAAUGGAAGCAUGACCAACAAGCUGGAAGCUGACAUGACUACUUAUGCCAUCUAUUACUCCAUAAUGGGAGCAGUGGUGCUGGUUGCAGCCUACAUGCAGGUGUCUCUCUGGACGCUGGCGGCAGGACGGCAGGUGAAACGCAUCCGCACCUUGUUUUUCCACAGGAUCAUGCAGCAGGACAUCGGCUGGUUCGAUGUGAAUGAGACUGGAGAGCUGAACACACGUCUCACAGAUGACGUCUACAAGAUCCAGGAGGGCAUUGGAGACAAGGUGGGCAUGCUGAUCCAGAGUUUCAGCUCCUUCAUCGCAGCCUUCAUCAUCGGCUUCACCAAAGGCUGGAAGCUGACUCUGGUCAUCCUGGCUGUGAGUCCUGCUCUGGGGAUCUCUGCAGCUCUGUUCAGUAAGGUGCUGGCAACCUUCACUUCCAAAGAGCAGAGCGCGUACGCCAAGGCUGGUGCUGUGGCUGAGGAGGUGCUGUCCUCCAUCAGGACCGUGUACGCCUUCAGCGGGCAGCAGAAAGAAAUCCAGAGAUAUCACAAGAACUUGGAGGACGCAAAGAAAAUGGGAAUAAAGAAGGCAAUGUCUGCUAACAUCGCCAUGGGCUUCAUGUUCCUGAUGAUCUACCUGUCCUACGCUCUGGCCUUCUGGUACGGCAGUACGCUCAUCCUGAGUGAUGAGUACACCAUCGGCUCCGUACUCACCGUGUUCUUUGUUGUGAUCAUUGGAGUGUUUGCAAUGGGCCAGACUUCUCCCAACAUCCAGACGUUCGCCAGCGCCCGUGGAGCUGCGUACAAAGUGUACCACAUCAUCGAUCACAACCCGAGCAUCGACAGCUAUUCAGAGGCCGGCUUCAAGCCCGACUUCAUCAAAGGGAACAUAGAGUUCCAAAACAUCCACUUCACCUACCCCUCCAGAUCCGAUGUCCAAAUAUUAAACAACAUGAGCUUAAGUGUGACCAGUGGACAGACCAUGGCGUUGGUAGGCAGCAGUGGUUGUGGUAAAAGCACCACCAUCCAGUUGCUGCAAAGGUUUUAUGAUCCCCAGGAAGGAACCGUGUCCAUCGACGGUCACGACAUCCGCAGCCUCAACGUCCGCUACCUGAGAGAAAUGAUCGGCGUUGUGAGCCAGGAGCCCAUCCUCUUCGCCACGACCAUCAGUGAGAACAUCAGAUAUGGCCGGCCCAAAGUCACGCAGUCUGAGAUCGAACAAGCUGCCAAGGAAGCCAACGCUUAUGACUUCAUCAUGAACCUUCCUGACAAGUUUGAAACACUAGUUGGGGACCGAGGAACUCAGAUGAGCGGAGGGCAAAAGCAGAGGAUUGCCAUCGCUCGAGCUUUAGUCCGUAACCCAAAAAUCCUGUUGUUGGACGAGGCCACAUCUGCUCUGGAUGCUGAGAGUGAGACCAUCGUACAGGCUGCUCUCGAUAAGGUCCAACAAGGCCGUACCACAUUAAUUGUGGCCCACCGCCUGUCAACCAUCAGAAAUGCUGACGUCAUUGCGGGCUUCCAGAAUGGUAAAAUAGUAGAGCAGGGGACUCACAGCGAGCUGAUGGACAAACAGGGAGUCUACCACACACUGGUCACCAUGCAGACCUUUCAGAAGACGAAGGAAGGGGAGGAGGAGAACGAGGCGAUGGUGGAGGAGAAAAGCCCCACGUCAACCUCCCUGUCCAAAGCUUCGCUCUUCAAGAGGCAAUCUACCAGAGGCUCCUCCUUCUCCGCCUCAGGCAGAGAGAAGGAGGACAAGGAAGUGUCAAAGAAUGACGAGGACAAAACAGAACAGGAUGAGGAUGUUCCCAUGGUGUCGUUCCUUCAGGUGCUGCGUCUCAACGGUUCUGAAUGGCCUCUCAUGGUGCUGGGCUUGAUUUGUGCCAUCAUAAACGGAGGCAUACAACCUGUGUUCGCUAUCCUCUUCUCAAAGAUCAUUACUGUGUUUGCUAAUCCGGAUGACAGUGUGGUCAGAGAACGAGCAAACUUCUUCUCCCUCAUGUUUGUCGCCAUCGGAGUGGUGUGCUUCUUCACCAUGUUUCUACAG